AACAGAGCAUUUGAACAAAGCAGGGGAUGUGGUGAGGUGUCGGACAGGGUUGUCUGGAUUGGUUCUGGCCUAAGGCAGUAGGAGGAGACUUUCACAAUGAAUGGGAGUUCUGGGAACACAUGUUAACUGAAGUUGUCUGGCUGUGCAUGGAAGGGAAGCAGAGAGAGGAAAGGAACACAACAAGAGGGACGUUCAGACGAGUCUUGUGAGGCCUGUUGGUCUCCUAGGGGAAAACAACCAACAUGUACGUGUUCGUGAGAGUCUCAACUUUACACAGAGGGGUGACAGGCUCUGCUGUCUCUCAAGUUGGGCCAGAUCUCUUGGCUGGACUUACUCAAUGAUCAUUGCACAAGUUAGCUCAGUGAACACACACAACCCUUUAACCCAAUUCAUCAAUGUUGACCUCAAGAUGUAACUAUACUUAUGGACAGACUAGCAUGAGGCAUCUAAGAACAUCAUCCCAGAAACACUGAACACCAAUGGCAGAGGAGCACAGUAACAGGAGCACAGGUCACAUGUGACGUCAUAUCAGGCAUAUCAGGCAGUAAUCACUGACUUCUUCUCAUACCAGUCCCCGUCAACCGUACAGUUCUGACCUCUGUUUCCAAGAUUUCAUGAUCACAUGCACCAUACCCAGUAGUACACUCUAUACCCUCUCACCCAUCUGGAAGCCCUGACAUAGACUGGGCAAUAGGUAGACUCAUCACCCAGGACACCAUUGGACACUCCGCACUUCAGAGAUGACCGGUACCCAGCUUCUAAACUACCCUGCCACAGACUCUCCCUUCAGGUCUCCCAACUCCCACUCUAUUCAGCUCCAUUCAGUUGCCAUGACAUCCCCAAUCCCCCCUCUUUCCCAGGCCACCACGGUCACCUCGCCGCAGCUCCCUCUGGCCCUGUGGCCCCCGCUGGACUUUGCCUUGGGUGCGUUGUCGUGCUGCGGGGCCUGUGUGUUCACUAACCCCCUGGAGGUGGUGAAGACGCGACUGCAGCUGCAGGGAGAGCUGCGGGCGCGGGGGACCUACCAGCGGCACUACCGCGGGGUGGUCCAGGCCCUAUGGGUGGUGGGUAGAACAGACGGGCUACGCGGGCUGCAGAAGGGGCUCUCGGCUGGGCUGUUGUACCAGGGUUUGAUGAACGGUGUGAGGCUGGGCUUCUACUCCUACUGUGAUGCCGUGGGGGUCACUGCAGCCCCUGGAGGGAGUCUGAUGUCAGGAGCCAUUGCCGGGGCUCUGGGUGCCUUCAUCGCCUCUCCUGCCUAUCUGGUGAAGACACAUCUGCAGGCCCAGACAGUUGAGGCCAUCGCAGUGGGUCACCAGCACAACCAUCAGGGGGUGUCGAGUGCCUUCGCCAAUAUCUACUGGCGGGAGGGCGUGGUGGGGCUGUGGAGGGGUGUGAACGGGGCUGUGCCUCGAGUCAUGGUGGGAUCAGCCACCCAACUGGCCACCUUCAGCUCCACCAAAGAAUGGGUGGCACGCCUGCAGUGGUACAGUCCAAACAGCUGGCUGGUUGCCUUGACAGCUGCCUGUAUCAGUGGAGUCGCAGUGACAAUCACCAUGACCCCGUUUGAUGUCAUCAGCACCCGCCUCUACAACCAGCCAGUGGAUGAGCAUCAUAGUGGUCGUCUGUACCAGGGCUUCUCAGACUGUCUGGUGAAGGUGUGUCGGACCGAAGGUGUGCUGGGACUUUAUAAAGGCAUGGGUCCUGUAUUCUUCCGCCUGUGUCCUCACACCAUUCUCAGCAUGCUCUUCUGGGACCUGAUGAGACAGAGAGCCUUCCAGGACGUCCAGAACCAGAGCUGAAGAGAAGAGGAUAUUCAGUCAAUCCUGGAUGACAAUGGAAGUUGAAUUUUAAAAUAAUGAUUAAUUACUAAACCCAACAGGUUUUGGUCUGUUGCCUUCGUCAGAGCCAGACCUGAGACAGAGGGCCUCAUACUGUACAUGGACAGAGUUGAGGUUUAAUAAUUGACAGGUCCAUUGGUGGAGAGAAGGAGAGACAUUGAGGAGUAGACACUCUUGCACUCACUCAGUAGUUGACAGAAAUGAUACAUAAUGGCUUGACAUACACAUCACUAAACUUAAACAAUUUGUUCCAUCUCCAGUUUAUUUGACUGACACUGCAAGUUCCUGGACAGUGAUGUUGAAGGAGGAUAUGGAAGAGGAGGCUCACUCCAUGCCUAAGCCUUAAAGGGGCAAUCUGCAGUUGUUAUAUACAUUUUUGGACUUAUACAUAAAUUCUAUGUAUCCAUUGAUUCUUAAAGAAUAUAUAACUUAGAAUUUCU